CCGGUUAGCAGCCCAGGUCCCCCGCGCAGGUGCGUGGCUCACAUAGGCUCACUUACUAGUAGCUUAUGUUACUACUAUUGUGAGCAGUGAGGAUACAUGACAACAAUAUGACUUCAAAGCAGUCAACAGGAGUGUUUCUCCCCAUCUCACUAACCCUUGUCAGCCGUCCCCUGCACUACAAGUUCCCACUGCAUGACGAGGUAGCCCACUGACUUAUCAGUCCACAACAGCAGCAAGACCGACCUGAUAGGUCAUCAAACUCCAGGGGGCUGAGAACCACACAGAGAUGUGGCCUCCUGCUGUCUGAGAGACCCUCGUGUAGGAAGACAAUGCCAGUCUGGAUGAAGAUCUGCCGUAGAACCACACAAAACCUGGAAGAGAGUCAAGGCAAGAAUGAAGGUAGAAAGAAGAAGAAAAACAGCAGAGAGUGCACAUGAAGAGAGAAAAUAGUAGCAAGAUGGACUGAACAAAAGAGAAAAUGAACAGAAAAAGAGGGCCGAGACUCGUUUAGGUGAACAGAAGCUCCGGCAUUGUCAACGUGGGACAGAGGAUCUGUAGGCAUCCUGGACACAGCGUGAGAAGAGACAACUACUUGGGGGAAAUAACAAAGCUACUGUCCUGUCGCGGGAAGAGACGGGACAUCUGCGCUGUGAAGAGUCGCUCCUGUGCCGUGCAGCAGCGCGCGGAGAGCAGCUACAGACUCCGCAGACGCACUUAAAGGGCAGCAGGGAUAAAAGAAGGUGGAGGAUAUUUUACGCAAAACAGCAACGCUCAGUAGCUGUGAUUGACACGCGGCUACUCUCUGGGAGUCUCUCGCUCCUUUUAGGACUCAGCACAGUCGGAUCUGCACUUGACUAAGUCCACAUACAGCAGCCGGCCGGGAUGGAUUCCUUCAUCAUAGCGGCUCUGGUGGCAGUGUGCUCUCUAACGGCACCAGCCUAUGGGGACAAAGGGACCAGCAAAGCCAGGAGUUGUUCGGAUAUCAGGCAGUUUUAUAGCGGGAAAGGAUUCACUCUGGAAGGGGUCCCUCAGUCUGAAAUAUCAGGGGAGCACCUGCGCAUCUGUCCCCAGGGUUACACCUGCUGCACCAGUGACAUGGAGGACAACCUGGCCACACUGAGCCGCAGGGAGAUGGAGGGACUACUUAAAGACGCCGGUCGCUCCUUACAGACCUCGCUCACUGGACAGUACAAGAUCUUUGACGGUUACUUCCUGGAGUUGCUAAACCACUCAGCAAUUAGUCUUCAGGAGACUUUCACUUCAUCAUGGGGCUCCCUUUACUCGCAGAAUUCCCAGGUCUUCACAGAACUGUACACGGAUAUAAAGCACUACUACAGAGGAUCCAAUGUCAACCUGGAGGAGGUGCUCAACGAAUUCUGGGCCAGACUGCUUGAGAAGCUCUUCUACCAAGCAAACAAGCAAUAUUUCAUAGGUGAGGACUACCUUGAGUGUGUGUCUAAGCAGAUAGAGACACUGCGGCCUUUCGGAGACACCCCCCGUAUGAUGAAGAUGGUGGUCACACGCACAUUUGUGGCAGCCCGUUCCUUUGUUCAGGGGCUGGUGGUCAGUGGAGAGGUGAUGCGCAAAGUGUCCCAGGUGCAGCUGAGCCAGGAGUGCAUGCGUGCCAUGAUGAGGAUGACUUACUGUCCUCACUGCCGCAGCAUGGCCUCGGCCAGACCUUGUGCGAACUACUGCAGCAACGUCAUGAAGGGCUGUCUGGCCAACCAAGCUGACCUCAACACCGAGUGGAGGCAUCUGGCAGAAACAAUGAUGCAGGUGGCUGAUCGCUUUGAUGGCUCGUCUGGUGUGGAAAGUGUGGUCCUUUCUCUUCCCUCUCGCAUAUCAGAGGCCAUGUAUACCAUGAUGGAGAAUAUAGAGACUGUCAACAGCAAGCUGUUCCAGGCAUGUGGCAACCUCAGAGAGGGAGGAACCGGCAGCACAGGAGUGGAAGAAAUCCUGAAGAGAGGAAAGGUCACUGUGGAGGACAAGCUGGGAUCUAGCAAAAUGGACAAACUGGUGUCCGAUGUAACCAUGAGACUGAGGGACAUGCAGCCAUACUGGAUUUCUCUCCCAGGUAUUCUCUGCAGUGACAGAGUGGCCACAGGAACAGGGGCUGAGGAUAAGUGCUGGAACGGCAUGAGUCGUGCCAGGUACCUUCCAGAGGUGAUAGGUGAUGGCCUCGCCAGUCAGAUCAACAACCCUGAGGUGGAAAUCGACAUCACCAAGCCAGACAUGACGAUACGGCAACAGAUAAUGCAGCUGAAGAUCAUGACACACCGCCUGAAGAAUGCUCUCAAUGGCCAGGAUGUGGACUUUCAGGACACCAGUGAUGAUGUCAGCGGUUCCGGCAGCGGCUCGUGCGCUGACGAAAUGUGCUCCCGAGGCACGCGCGUCAUUCCCCAAGCCACUAACCGACCACUGCUCUACCCCUCUCCUCCUGAAAACAAAAAAGUGAAAGCCUCGGCCCAUCAGAGCCUCCCCUGUGUCUCCAUCUACCUGCUUCCACUGCUCAUGCUGCUGCUGCGGCGAUAAUUGACCAGGGGUUCUACCAACUGGGACUGAGUUUGGGACACGUGGGGGGAUUCGGGGAGAGUCUAAAAGGGGAAGGAAGGAGAAGCUGGGGGAUUAGUUACUUUGCCAAAACUAAAUAAGUAUAAGGAAAACAACAACAACAACAACAACAAGAAAAAAUCAUUUGGAUGGACCUCCUUUUGUUUUUUUGGAACAAAAUGGAAUAACGAGUGUUCAUAAAUGUUUUGGUUCUGCUCUUUUCUUUUGUUUCUCGCUAUAUUAUGACACCUUUAGAGCUGGUCUUUUUUGCAUCUUCUAAUGUUUUUUUUUCUGGUGUUCGGGUUCUCUGAGAUUAUAUCUGUACCUAAGACAUGUGUAAGACUAUAUUGUUAACAGUAUGUUGGUGUUGACACCAUAGGGAGAGGGAGAAUGGGGCUUUGCAGUGGCACUCAGAUUCAUGUUUGUUAUUCCACUCCUUUAAAACAGCACUUGAGUUGAGUAGAUUUAUUUAUUUAUGAAGAACUAACAAAGGACUCCCCUCUCUUACAUUGAGAAAAAAAAAGUACAGAAACCAAAAGUUUAUAUAAAAUCAAACAUUAGUGACUUUAAAGGAAGAUAGUCUGGCGGCACGACCCAGCAGACCUCUUAAUAUCAUCACACUUACUCACUUUCUCACGGCGAGAAUGAGAGCCCUUGGCGUCAGCACUUUCCGCCAUUUCACCGUGUAAGCUGUAAUAAUAACCGUGAUCACAUUCACACUGACAUGAUCAUCCAAUGCAGGAGUUACAUGACCCGUGUGCCGCUCCUUCCAUCCAUCCAUUCACCCAUCCAUCCAUCCAUCCAUCCAUCCAUCCAUCCAUCCAUCCAUCCAUCCAUCCAUCCAUCCAUCCAUCCAUCCAUCCAUCCAUCCAUCCACUCAUCCCUACAUAGCCCCCCCUGCUGAGGCAGAUCUCUCCCUCCCUCUCUCUUACACCCCGCUGGCUGCGUGGGAUCAACUUGAGAGUCUGGUGUUAGCAAAACACACGCUAGGCCGGGGCCAGGUCUCAGAUGACAGCAGCUUCCCACUAUAGAGCCCUGCAUGUGGCGUGGGGGUGUCAGUUUAAGAUUGCAGCAAAAGGAUUGACGGUUCAGGAUUUUGGAAGCAUGUAGCGGAGCAGAAGUGUAAACAGAAGCAGAAACCCUCCUGCUGUCACAUAGCGCUUUAAUUCAGUUAAUUUUUUAUUUUUACAUUAGAGCAAAAUUUGAUGCACAUUAUUCUGUGUUCUCCCUGCAAAGACCCGGUGCUCCUGUAAUUUGCAUCAUAAUUGCAACCAGCAGUGUCAUCAUUUUUUGUCUAAUUGCAGCAAUGAUCCAUAACACGGUACUAACCCACACCAUGCACGUCUUUAAGUUGUACUGCUUUCUAUGUCAGACACAAAAGUGUACAUAGUAUUCUUUUCUAGGAAAAAAAAAAAACAGCAAUCAAAUUUUACCACAGCCACAUCAUUGUAUGCUUUAACUCUUGUUUCAUUCAUCAUCUGUCACAGUGUAUCAAUAUCUGCCUUCCAUUCUUCUGCAAUUUUACUAUAUCAGUGCCUCUUCCUCUCCCCCCCUAAUCCCCCCCACUCCCUCCAUCCUUCUCUCCCCCUCUCAUCAGUUAUAAUGACCUUUAAAGCGUUCCUCCUGCUUCUACAUGAUGGCGAGGCAAUAUGACAAUGACACAGUGCUUCAUUACGUGUCAACCUUACUGGGGAAUGUUUGUGGGAAACACAGUGUGAGGCUUUUCCUGAUCAGAAGCUUGCUGGGGAGGAAACGCGCACCACAUUUUUAAUUCAAAGAAAUGUCAAAGCUCUCAUUCGAGGACGCUGCGUGCAGGAUGAUGGGACAAUGCUUGCAAGUGUGUUGCGUAUGCGUAUGAAUGUGGGUCUUUGAUUGGUAUAGAGAACGAGGGAAGGACGGUAGAGCCUUUAUAAAUCUUGUUUGGACGGCAGAAAUGAAAUGUAUUGAAAUCUACUGGACUACAUCAUAUGAGCGAGUGCUAUUCAACUGACAGCAACAGGAGAUUAGCAUAGCUCGUUUAUAAAAUGGGAUUUUCAACCUUCUACUGUAAUAAUUCCCUAUAUCUGUGUUGUAUGUGACACAUAAAUUUAAUAUGGAGGACAGGAAUGGACACGCUUUUUUGAUGUACAUCAUCGCUCCAGUUGCUCGGUUGGACAAUCCACUAUAAUCCAUCUGAUAUCCGUUUUAACGCAGCAGAUCCAAUUAAACAGUUUGGGGGAUCUGUCAAAGUUUCAGAAGCACAUCUGUUACAAACUUAAUUAAUUACUGCUCCCAAGAUCGGUGAAGUUGUUGUCAAAUGUGUUACCUGACAGCAUUUUUUGGAUGGCAUUUUCUUAUGUUUGACAUGCUUUAUUAAUGGAUGCUGUGUGUAUGUGUCUACAUGCCUGUGUCUGUCUUCCUGUUAGUCCCCGGUAACAAAAAUCCGCCUGUGACUGCCUCUGACACUUUGGGGUCAAUUUUGAGAUUGAACAAAAAAAAAAAAAAUGAUAUGAGAUGUUCCGAUGGGACAAAAAAAAAAAAAGCAUUUUGAGCAAAGAACAAUUAGCAAGAGCGCUAAGUGAGUCCUCUUUUUGUGACUCUCUUGAAAAAUCUGAAUGUGAAAGUGCACAUGGCGCCCUGCAAAGGAUGAGAAGUGACUCCAACUGUGAUGGUGACAUUCCAAAUCAAAGACCACUCCUAACUCACAACUUCAGUUUCAAUGACUGCCUCACAAUGUCAUCGGCUGAAAUUUGCACAACCCCCCCAACCCCGCCCCCCUUUUCUCUCUCUCAUCCUUCACCUUUCGAUCCCAUUAAUUUGUUGCUCACCCCUCCCCCUCCUUUUUAUAAAACCUGCACUUUUAUGAGGCCAAGAAAUGGCAUUGUCUGCACAAAGACAUCACAAGAUGGUCGAUCAAUAACGCGAGUCAACACCUUCCAGAAACGACUAUUGAUUGGAGAUGUGUGUAUGCAGAUAGAUAUGGCCCAACAAGAGGUCUCCUAUUCAACUGUGGUCAAACAGUGUAAACAUAAAGCUGCUGUGUGUGAUGAAGAGGAGGCAGGAGAGAGGGUUGUCCAGAGUGCUGAUGGAGAGUCAGGCUGUGCAUCCAAAUCCUGCCCUUCUUCAUCAGGUGGCUAAAAUGCAAAGUUGGUUAUCCCACCUUUGAGAUAACAGCAUUGUUCCACACCGAGUUGAAUAUGAGAGGAGUUUCUUAAAGGUGCCAAUUUAUGAGAAAAAAGUACUUUUAAUUUUCUCGUUUUAUUUACUUUGGUUGUGUUGUUAACAGAAAUCUAUGGAGAGUUUGUGCUUAUGGAGAAGAAAGAUGCCAGAAAGAGGUUGAAAAAUACAAAUGUCUCAUUUGCUGUUGUACCUGAAAUCUUGUGUCAAUUAUAUACAUUGUAAGAUUUUCAACA